CGCCUCUUCGGGCUCCGAGGCCGCCGCGAUGAUGGGCGAAGCGGAGGGCUCGGCGGGGGUGGGCGAGGCGAAGCCCCCGUGCCCGGUGGGGGUGGGCCCGCUCUCCGUGUCGGCGCCACCCGAGCCGGCUUUGCAGGCCGCCGCGGCCGAAGAAGCGACGCCCGCCACUCCCACCGCCGUAGCCUUGGCGGCAGCCGCGGCCCCUCCUGCGCUGCCGCCGCCCCUGCCCGUGCCGCCGGUGCCCGUGGUCUGGAGCCCCGAGGUGGAGGUGUGCCUCUUCCACGCCAUGCUGGGCCACAAGCCCGUCGGUGUGAACCGCCACUUCCAUAUGAUCUGCAUCAGAGAUAAAUUCAGCCAGAAUAUUGGGAGGCAGAUCUCUUCCAAAGUCAUCUGGGAUCAUCUCAGCACUAUGUAUGACAUGCAAGCCCUGCAUGAGUCUGAGAUUCUUCCCUUCCCGAAUUCAGAAAAAAAUUUCAUCCUCCCUGAAGAUAUUAUUCAUGAGGUAAAAGAAGGUAAAGUGAUGAUUGAAGACGAUGUGAAGGAAGAAAUAAAGGAAGAGAUGGAAUCUCACGCGGGGCCCGAUGAAGUGUACGCAUCUCUGGGAAGCCUGGGGAAAGCAGCCGAAAAGCCAAGCACUAAAGAGAAAGAGAGAACUUCCUCUGAGUCCGGAUCCAAAGAAGGAGGAGACAAAAGAAAGCGGAACAGAGUCACCGAGAAGGUCUUAAACGCAAACAGCAACCCUUCCAGUCCGAGUGCCGCAAAACGGCGCAGAACAUGAGCGGCGGUGGGAAAAGAUAGGAGCGCGUUUAACUCCGAAACCUGGGCAGCAGAAAGUUUGGUAGCCUCUAGUUAGCAAAAGGGAAAAAAAAAAUGAGUGGAAAAUGCUUGGGCCCCAUGGGUGAGCAUGAGCUUGGUUGUCUCCCCCGAGAACAGAUAGUUUGCUGAUCUGCAGAGAGCAGCUGAACGGUGUCUUUAUCCUCAAAAUGCUGGGAUGAGUAGGAGUCUGGCAGCUUUACAAGCCAGGAUGUUUACUGAGCAAGUCAGGCGGUAGCAUUUUUUACAUACCAGUUUCUCGCUAUAUAUUUAGCACCUUUCUUGAAUCCAGUAUUUGUCAGCUGAUGGGAAGGAGGUACAGUUUUUGGAGGACUCAGACGGCUGCCCUUUGAGACACAUUUGUCGCAUGCACUGGCAUUGCUAAGUUUUCACAACCGCAACAUCGUCUUAAGUCAGUUAUCGGCUCUGUGAGACACCAGAUGUGCCAAAGGCCAGAGAAUCUCAUCAGAGAAGCGCACACAAAAAAGAGACCACCUGUAUAUAAAUGUUCUUGGCUUCUUUUGUGCUAAGCUUUGUCUCUUGGAAAUUGCCAGCGUAAAUGACUGUUCAGAUUGUAGAGAAGUGUACCAUUAAGCAGUACAAAGAAGGUACAAUUUCAAGACAGAAUAGCUCAUUAGACGUCUUAAAAACCAGGCAACGUUGUUUAAUGUCUGAGCUGCAGAUUAUCCAGAGGGAGCUUAAAAUAACAACGUGAUGUGUGAAACGAGAGGUUCAGCACAAGCUGCGAGGAGUAGACGAAACAAGUUGUUGCAUCCGAUUUUCGUACUGUAUUAAUGCCCUGAACUUCUGUGUCUUCGAUGUAAGGUGUUCCUUUAAAGUCUUUGAAGUUGCUUGCAUCAAAGGCAUUUGCCACACUGGGGUAAUAAAUGUAUGUGCGUAUAUAUUUUUGUAUGCAUUAUUUAAUUUAGUUUUUAACAAGGCUUUUUUUGUAGCAGGAACUCCUCUGCAUAUUAGGCCAUGUUAGGCUGCUUCUUCUUACAGGGCGUACUCUAAGCUCUUGGAGGAUUGGCUACACCAGGGGGGGGCAUAGCCUAAUAUGCAAAGGAGUUCCUGCUACAAAUAAAGCCAUGGUUUUUUAAAAAAAAAAUACUAUCACCAUCUGGAGUUGUUAGAUGGAGAUAAUGUUGAAAGCGGCAAUGUCAUGUUUCUACUAGAAUUCAGUGGAUAUUAGUUUUUAAAGUGCUUUGUUGUUGUUUUUUAUGCUAGUUGUUUAUGCUAGAUUCGUAGUUUCUGGAUGUCCAGAUAAUGAAUUUUUCCCCUUAUUGGGGUGGAAAGCAUAUUUUUUUAUAAGAAAAAAAGAAAAUGAUUUGAUGAAUGAAGGCAGCUAAAGAGUUGCCCAUUUCAUUUUUGUAUUAACUUUACAGUUCAAUAAAAGAGUUCCAGAGA